UGAAUUUUAUGUAUUCAAAUCAUAGCAGGAAUUGAAUACAUAAAAUGAAUACAAUUAAAGGGAAUUAAAUGGUUUAUUAAAUAUUGUAUUUUUUUUUCAUUAAAAAAAAUAAAAAGCUGCAGCUCUUCUAAUGGAGACAAAACUGAGCUCUCAUCUGGUUAUUAAAGCAAGGCUGUAGCCCAAAACAUCUGUUGCGAAAUAUCGUUAUUUAAACGUCUUCUCCCUUCCUGACCCGCAUAUGGAAGGUUUCCGUUACAAAGAACCGGAAGUCUACUGUGAUAGCCAUGCCUGCUUUAUCUCUUUGGGCUGUCCGGUUCGAAUUGACCCACCCGAUCCGGAAGCGAUCGACUCCAAACCGGAAGGAGACGGGCCAUAAUGGCGUUCCUUUCCCAAGCGGCGGCCUUACCAUCAUCCGUUUUUGAGCGCCAAUGGGAACUUUGAGUCCGCCAAGUGGUUGACCUAGAAACCGGGGGAUGCAAAUUACAGAGCGGUUGGAGGAGGGAUGGAGGAUGAAGAAGAGGCCGAAGAACCCAAAGCGAAGGUGAAGGAGGUGAAGAUGUCGACUAUCGUUAUGACGCUCUUCCCUACGGCUGUCACUGAAGAAAAGCUUCAGGAAUCGAAGGAGAAAGCCAUCACUCGUAUUUUUGGGCCGGCGAAGACUUUGCUGAAGGUUAAAAACCCCCAAAGGGCGGGAGAUUUUGAAAGCAUUUUGAAGAGGAAAAUCGAUGAGCAUUGCCAAGAAGGUCAUCUCCACUUCUCCCAAGGGGAAUGGGAGAAAGCCAUCACUUGCUACACCAAGGCUCUGAAUCUGAAUCCCAACAAGGGAGAACUUUACGAGAAGAAAGCAGAAGCCUUUCUCCAGCUUUGCGACUUCCAGUCUGCCGCGAUGCACCUUCGGAAGGUCUAUCGUAUGUCGCCGAAGGAGGAGAUCCGAGAACGGCUGGCCUUCACUGUGUUCAUACAGGGCCAGUCUCUGUACGAGCAGAAGGUCUACCUGGAUGCUCUCGACUCCUUCACUCACGCCUGCGAGCUCCAGCCUCAGAACACACUUUAUCGCAUGAGGAGGUACAAAAAAACCCCCGAAUUUGUUCCCCAAAGUUUGAAGAAUGAUGGGUCUACCGAGGUCCCCGCCAAUGUGGUUUCUCCUUCCCACCCCACAGGAGAACUUUACGAGAAGAAAGCAGAAGCCUUUCUCCAGCUUUGCGACUUCCAGUCUGCCGCGAUGCACCUUCGGAAGGUCUAUCGUAUGUCGCCGAAGGAGGAGAUCCGAGAACGGCUGGCCUUCACUGUGUUCAUACAGGGCCAGUCUCUGUACGAGCAGAAGGUCUACCUGGAUGCUCUCGACUCCUUCACUCACGCCUGCGAGCUCCAGCCUCAGAACACACUUUAUCGCAUGAGGAGCAUCGCCUGCCUGGCUGCGAUGAACCGCUUCAACGACUGCCUCCAGAUGGUCAAUGAGGAGGUGGAGCGCGAGAAGAAGAACGCCGACCUCUUUGUCCUUAGGGCUCGUCUCUUCGAAUACUUUGGGAAGGCCAGCUGCUGUUUCUGCAACAUCCAAGAGGCCCUUGCGUUGGAUCCAGACCACGUGGAAGCCCGUCUUCUCUUGAAGAAGAUGACCAAAGAGGCAGAGAGGUCUAAAGAUUCCGCGGUGACCUUAGCCAUCAAGGGCAACCUGAAAGGUGCUUUGCUGAAGAUCAACCGAGCUAUCAACUACAACCCCUUGGAUGAAAAGUAUUUCCUCUUCAGAGGCACCCUCCUGCGCAGGCUGAAGGACUUCAGCGCGGCCAUUGACGAUUACCUGAGGGCUGUCGAGCUGUGCCGGCCCGACGAGGCCAGCGAGGUGCGUAGCGAGGCCGAGAAGCAGGUGCUCCUGAGCUACAACGACUUUGCCGUCCACUGUUACUUCAAGGGCUGCUACGAAGAGGCGGUGCUGCUGCUCAACAAGGCGAUCAAAGGGGAGAAGAACGAGUUCGGCCUCUACAUGAACCGAGGGGACUGUUUCCUGAAACUGGGCCAGCUGAAUUUUGCCAUGGCGGAUUAUCAACAAGCUUUAGAGCUGCGUCCUUUAGAUCCCAAACUCCGGCAUCGCAUUUCUUGGCUCUCCAAUGAGACUGGAUUGCAAGACUUCCGCGAAAAGAAGUACUUGCAGGCUGAAAUGCACUUCUCCACUGCCGUGGACAACGAUCCUUGGGAAGUGAAAUAUUACCUGAACAGAGCGAAGACUCGCGUGUUUCUGCAGGAGUUCCUGGGCGCUAAAGAAGACAUGAUCAGCGCCCUAUUGCUGAACCCCAACAAGGAAGAGGUCCGGAUCUUGAUGGGCAACCUGUUUCCUGGAGAGAGCGCAGAAUCCCUCCUCGACAGCAAAGUUGGCGAUCUGACCAAAACUCUCCUGGAUCGAAAGCUGAAAUCUUUUCCCGGUGGCAAAGCCUUGCAGAGGCCUCUGAAAUCUGCAGGAUCUGAACCCCCAACCAAUGCGUAUGUUCAGAUCGCGGACCAGAAGUCCGAGACAUCGCCGGCCAUGGAGAAGGAGGAGGUUUCUGAAGAAAAAAAGCUGCAAAACAAAAUGGCCGAAUGCCAGCAAAAGUCACACCAGGCAAACGAAGAGCUGAAGGAAGCUUCUCAAAACAAGCCAACUCUGGGAUCCAAAACCGUCUGGAUAGACCCCUGCCCUCGUCAGCCCCCCAAGGACUGCCCCAAAGAACCGUACUGCUGGAGGAAAUUCUAAGACAAGAAAAGGCAUCGGUCCGUUUUAGGCCCUUCCGAAGCAUCAGCCGUGGGACGGAAACCCCUCUUCCCCCCCUCCCCCCUCUGGCUGUUCUCCCCAAAGUAUCCUGAAUUUCUAGCGAGUCAAACAAUCCAGGUUUCUCCCCUCAAAUGGCUUCCCGGCUCAAAAACCACACACAGUAUCUGGAUUCACCGUUCAAAGAUGUAGGAUCCCUUGGUCAGAUUUUGCUCGGCUAAGAGCCUUGGUUUCUGCAACCAAGACCCCGAAAUCUUGGAAAGGAUGGGGUUGGGGGUUUGUGAUGCCAUCCCUCCUUCCCCGAGUGACUUGUGGCAGACCCCCAGUUAAAAGUCUACCCAGUGGGAAGAAGCAGUUAGCAGCGGAAUCAAUCUUUUCCCCUUAAUCAUUUGCUUGAACUAUCGGAAAACUGCAAGCCGGAAGCCGGCUCACUUCUGUUGCAUUUUUUUCCCCUGUAGACUUUAGAAAAGAUUUGAUGUAUAAAGUUCUGCCUUUCCUGCUUUUUAUUUAAAUAAAGCAACCUUUUGAAGAUCUUCAGGUACGUCCAGGUUUUUCACGUUUAUUGGGCGUUCGAAUCAGCACCAGACCUGAAUAAGAAAGAGGCUGCUGGUAUUUUUCUACACGCAGCUCUCUCCUGCCUUCCCAUCUUUCUCUAGGUAAAAAGUAAAGGUAAAAGUUCCCCUCGCAUAUCUGUGCUAGUCAUUCCUGACUCUAGGGGGCAGUGCUCACUACGUUUCAAAGCCGAAGAGCCAGCGCUGUCCGAAGACGUCUCCAUGAUCAUGUGAUUCAACGCCAAAGGCGCACAGAACGCUGUUACGUCCCCACCAAAGGUGGUCCCUAUUUUUCUACUUGCAUUUUUUACCUGCUUUCGAACUGCUAGGUUGGCAGAAGCUGGGACAAAUCACGGGAGCUCACCCCGUUAUGCGGCGCUAGGGAUUCGAACCACUGAACUGCCGACCUUUCGAUCGACGAACUCAGUAUCUUAGCCACUGAGCCAUUGCGUCCCUAACUUUCUCUAGAGACGGUCCCAAUUUUUUGUGGGCCAUGGAUUCGAAUGUGGACGGCACGCCUCGUGAUGGCCUAGCUUCGCUCAGCCACCAUACAUUUACACGAUAAAAAAAAUAAUAAAUCGCUACUUCUCAUCUUCCCUGCCUUUUAAAGCUAGCAGCACUCAAACAGAGCAGGAUUUCAAUAUGUUAUUCCGACUCUCUUAACUCUUCAAGUUGGUCAUUUUUCUCUCUGCACCAAAAGGGAUAGAAAAAAAAAAAAAGAAAGAGAAAAA